AUGUGCAAAACGGAGAAUGCUCGGAUUGUUCGCAAUGCUGUCUACACAAUGCUUGCAAUCGUUACCAGCCACCUGUUGUGCAGCUCACUACAUCUAAUCCUCACAGUCAUGGAACAAAGCAAAUCAUCACUUCUGGUGUUCGUUCGGCUUUUUUUUUUAUGUCCUUCACUUGACCAGGCGUUCAUCGAGCUAAACGAAGCCCGCACAUUUCUUUUUUUUUGGUUUUGCAUGUGCUCGGAACGCUUCUGGCAUGUGCCCAUGAUGGAAGAUGACGAGAACUUGGCAUCACCACUUCAUACUGUACUUGGUGAUACAAUCAGUUUAUUGUACAUGCUCACAAGUGCCACCCGGAUUGCAGUUUAUUCGAAAUUCAAUCCAACUUUUCGGCAGCACCUUUAUAAUUUGGUAUCGGACUAUUGCCCGGCCGGUCAAACAAGUGCUAGGCUGAGGGAUAGCUACUCACAACGCAUCGUUCCCAGUAAAUCACCAACUUUGUAA